UAGUGUUUUACCACUUGUUUGAACAAUGUACACAAGAAGACAAGUGUUUAGUGGAUGGAAGUGGACAUGGUUUUACAGCAAUAAAUAUAUUUCAACCCAGAAUGAACAUCUCGGUAAGUUUUUGCAUCGUAUGGUUACUGUCAGUUUUGGUCUCGGAGGUAAACCUAACUGCCCCGGUGCAACGCCCUAGGCUGAACACCGAUCUGCGACGACAACAGCAUGCUGCUAGGGGCGGUUUCCGACACCCGCUUCUCAGACGCCAAUUUAACUAUAGACCAGCCACAGAGACCAUUUACCACCAUGGCCACUCACAUACGUACAUCCCGCGUCUUACAAACAAUGUCAAACUUUCCCCACAGAACCUGCAGAAUCUCAGGGUGAAGAACAAUAUGGAUUACCUGCCCCGUUGGGUCAUAGAACGUUUUCCUCAGGGUCGCAAUCAGAGGCAAUACGGAUUCUGUGAUAAACAGUAUGGAAUUAACACGAUGCUGCCGGAGAUUACAAAGCUGUUCCCAGGCAGGUUUAUGUCAGAGAGGAGUAUCCGCGACUCUGACAGGGAGCGGAGACACCGGAGGCUACAGAGGCGUAGAGACGAACAAUGGGAAUUCAACCCCACCAGCAAAAUUCGGGACACCAGUACAUUAUCCGAUAGUGAGGCGCUUCGACUUGACGGUAACACAGUUGAGGUGCAACGAUCGGCGUUCCCCAACAGUCAAAUACUAGACACUAACAUACAACGCAACACAGAUUCCAAUAUACUGUCUUCAUCUAGAAAUCAGUUCAAUAGCAUACAACCCCUUCCGCAGGCUAGUUCUGGACAGGCGGCUCGGCCGAUGGACCCAAGAGCCUUUAGGUGUGAGCCGACCUGCUGUGAUACGGAGAAACUACAUGUGGUCUAUGAAAACGUUACUAUAAACAACACGACGUACUCGGUCAUCAACCUUGAAGAAGAGAAGCAGUUUAUAAAUGUCGGCUUUUGCCCGGACACGAAUACGUGUGGAUUCGGCAGCUGUUUCCAACAUUACUCAACCCAGUACAUCGCCAUUUGGAACAUCACAGUGGAUUACUGGCCUCCAGUUGACCUUGCGGCUCACGAAUUCCCUUCACACUGUUCUUGGAUUGGAUAAGAGAGCCACACCUUAGAAGGCAAAGUUCAAAUGCUCCUAGGUCACACCUCGGUACAUAUCCUCGACACGGGUCAUGAUCUUCCAGCGAGAAGUCCGCUAGGUAUAUUACACCACGAUCAUAUGACUUGUGUGAGUUGCAGGUCACGCCCACUGAGAAGGCGGUAUCGUUUCCCUCCAUAAAAUGCCCACACAAGGACGACUCGACUGAAGGCUUGUUCAAGCUAUCGUCCAACAGAAGUGGCACGCCAUCCAUACAUUUUUUAACAAUGCAAUUUCCGUCUGUGAUAAAUGAAAAUUAA